GAAUAAGGAAAGCAGGGAAAUGAAGCUGAUUUUAAUGAGGUUUUCUUCCUCUCCAGUGAGAAAGCUCUAGGCUCUACUCUAGCCUCGUCUUUUCACCUGCUUUUCUUCUGCCUGCAACUGCAACUAGCCAAUCUCUCUCUCUCUCUCCCCCCUCUGCGCGAGACAGUGAAGAAGCCGCCGACUCUUCAAUUGAAGACGCAGCUAGAAAAAGGUUUCAGGUGUAUACUUAUUGAUCUGGUCCUCUCCAUCUCUAAACUUCUAUCGGAUGGCCAUUAUACCUUGUGGAAGCACAUAUGUUGCUCAUUGGGGUAUUCGACCUCAGUUCAUGCUUAGAUCCUAUAUGAAAAAUGGGAUAGUGACCUCUCAAUAUGGUCCUAAUAACAAGAUGAGCUAUUUGGCAGCACCUAAUUCAAGCCUAUUUUCACGGGAUUCCUUCCCCAUAUUAUCUUAUGUGGGGCCAUCUCAAGCUUCACAUCGUCAUAGGGGAUCACAAUUUGCAGUUAGAGCUGAUGCUGAUUACUAUUCUAUACUUGGUGUGUCAAAAAAUGCAAGUAAAUCUGAAAUCAAAAGUGCAUACCGAAAACUUGCUAGGAGUUACCAUCCAGAUGUGAACAAAGAAUCUGGGGCAGAGCAGAAGUUUAAGGAAAUUAGCAAUGCAUAUGAGGUCUUAUCAGAUGAUGAGAAACGAUCUUUGUAUGACAGGUAUGGUGAGGCUGGACUUAAAGGUGCUGGUAUGGGCAUGGGGGAUUUCAGCAAUCCUUUUGAUUUGUUUGAGUCACUAUUUGAGGGCAUGGGAGGAAUGGGAGGUAUGGGCGGCAUGGGGGGCAGAGCUUCCCGGAGUAGAGCAGUCGAUGGUCAGGAUGAAUAUUACAAUCUUAUCUUAAUGUUUAAGGAAGCAGUUUUUGGGGUUGAAAAAGAGAUUGAGAUAACCCGACUCGAGAGCUGUGGCACCUGCAAUGGUUCAGGCGCAAAACCUGGGACAACACCAUCUAGAUGUAGUACAUGUGGCGGCCAAGGUCAGGUUGUUUCAUCAGCAAGGACUCCAUUAGGCGUCUUUCAGCAGGUAAUGACCUGCUCUUCAUGUGGGGGGACUGGGGAAACAUUUACCGCUUGCAACACAUGUUCUGGGGAUGGACGGGUAAGGAGGACAAAACGUAUCAGUUUGAAAGUGCCAGCUGGUGUGGACUCUGGAAGCCGUUUGAGGGUGCGAUCUGAAGGUAAUGCUGGAAAGAGAGGUGGAUCACCUGGCGACCUCUUUGUUAUUAUUGAAGUCAUCCCAGACCCCGUACUAAAACGCGAUGACAUCAACAUCUUGUACACAUGCAAAGUGUCAUAUAUAGAUGCAAUUUUGGGUACAACGAUUAAGGUACCAACAGUUGAUGGUAUGGUCGAUCUCAAAAUCCCAGCUGGAACUCAACCGAAUACAACACUUGUGAUGGCAAAGAAAGGAGUCCCAGUGCUCAACAAAAGCAACAUGAGGGGUGAUCAGUUGGUUCGCGUACAAGUUGAAAUUCCAAAAAGAUUGGGCAGUGAAGAAAGAAAGCUCAUUGAGGAGCUUGCAGAUCUAAGCAAGGGGAAGACAGCGAAUAGUCGAAGAUAACUGCAUGUACAUUAUCUUUCUCUAUUCAUAUAUUGGUGUCCAGAUCAGUGAUCAGAUCAUAUUCUCCCCUAUGAAUGCAAUUUUGGAGUUGCUUGUUGCAUGGAGAUUUAGCACUUAGAAAUCAUUAUAGCUUUGGAAGGCUUAAGCAAGUUUCUGUAGCGGUAGGUAAAAGCCACAGUGAUAAUUUUGGUCCCCUAUAAUUUGAACUUCCUGAAAAGAGAGGAGAUGAAAUAGGAAGUGUUAGUUGGAGAUGCAUUGCUCUUUGAUUUUAUUUCUCUUUUGAUUCUUACAACACAUGAUACUCUCUUUUUAAUUAUUUUUUGGGAUAGGCAAAUGCAUAAUCAUCUCCUGCAUUUAUGUUUUUA